AUGGGACGCAUAACAGAUUUUCUAGGCGCCCCACAAUCUGUUGUUCGACGCAGGCCAAACCAGGUUAUAAUCCAGGGAGAAGAACCAACGAUAGAUCAGGUUCGACCACAAAGGCAAGCCCCUGACGAAAGAGUCAUGGGGGCAAGAUUGGAACAACAACCAAUUCGACGGGAAGCCCCUGAAGAACAACCUAGGAGAGUGAUAAUGGUUAAUAGGGACCAGGAUGCAGACGAAGUAAUUCAUAGAGUCAGGCGGGAAAACCUGAUGGAAAAUGACUUAACCAAAUUACCAAGGGGUUCUAAAAUCCCUAAGUCCACCAAAUUCUCAGGGGACACUAGUGAAUCCACUAUAGAGCACAUAGCCAAAUACAUGACUGAGGCAGGGGAUUUGGCGAACAGUGAGAACUUAAGGAUGAAAUAUUUCCCUAGUUCUUUAACAAAGAACGCCUUCACGUGGUUUACAACUUUGCCACCAAAUUCCAUAGAUGCUUGGCCCCAGUUAGAAAGAUUGUUUCAUGAACAACUCUACAUGGGCCAAACUAAGAUAAGUCUUAAGGAAUUAUCCAGCAUCAAAAGAAAAUUCACCGAACCUAUAGAUGAUUAUCUGAAUAGGUUCUGUUUGUUUAAAUCUAGAUGA